AUGAAUACCGCUGCCGUAGACAAACUGACAAAUGAUAUAACAUUAUAUAUUCCAAUAGUAAUCUUAUUCGUGGGAAAUAUUGGUUCUUUCUUAAAUCUAUUAACAUUUACUUCGAAAGAAUUACGGCGGAAUUCUUGCGGAUGGUAUUUUCUUAUGUCAUCACUCUUCGAUAUCUCUCUUAUUAAUUUUUCUAUUAUAACAAGAUUAUGCAGCGAUCAUUUCGGAAGCAAUUAUCAAAACACAUCCCGAACCUAUUGUAAACUUCGUAUUUACACAACAUGGACACUUCCGUGCAUUUCAACGGCUUAUUUAGUCUUGUCUUCGCUUGAUCGAUGCUGGUCAACAUCGGAGAAAACUCGUUAUCGGGCAUUUAGUCAAAUCAAAGUAGCUUAUCGUAUAACAAUAGUGCCAAUCAUUCUCUAUUGCUUGACUAAUUCUCACCAAUUCUUUUAUUUUGAUCUUCGACCGAAAUGCGUCGCCCAACCAGGAGCCUAUUCAAUUUUUCUCUCGAUGUACAGCAUUGUCUGGACAAGUUUGAUUCCUCAAAGUCUACUAUUAAUAUUCGGUUUGAUGACCUACCGAAACAUUAGGAUCAGCCGUCGACGUUUGACCCAAGAAAUGAAAACGGAUAAGAAAAAAAGUCGCACCGACAUGCAUUUAAUCAAAAUGACCCUAAUACAAGUGAUCGGAAGUACAAUUCUACUCAACAUUCGCACGAUUUACUACGCCUAUUCAGUUCUAUCACCUGAUGCUGGCAAAAGCGAUUUACAAAAGGCAUGGGAAAAUUUUCUUUAUCAAAUAUCGAAUUACUUUUUCUAUGCGAACUUUUGCAAAAGUUUCUACCUAAACACACUGAUGAGUAAUCUAUUCCGGCAAGUUUUGUUAAAACGACUGAAACUUUGCUUAAGCAAAAUCGCACCGGAGAAAUUUCGAAUUCAUCCAACCACUACAAGCAAUGCAACGGUCAAUUAG